ACCCAUAUCAGAAACAGACUUUUUGGAUCUGCAACUCCAUCUCCAAGAGCUUUCUCACCCAUCAAAACUUCUUCUUCAAUGUGUAGCCACAUGCGAAGGACUAUCUACAAUGGUGGAUGCAACCCACAGAAGAUUGCUCCGGCGGUUCAAAUCAGGUCGGUGAUCCCAGUAUGUGCAGCGCCACCACUACCAGUGAGACCAACGCCACACCAACCCUACUCACUGAUUUCCCUGUGUUGGUUUAAGGCCAGCGUGAUGGUAUCUCCAUACCGGCCCUCCGGUGCUGUGCUACGGCACUCACGAAUCACGAUUUCCACACCCGCCCUGUUUUCCAGUUUGGUUACCACAGUGAGUGGUAGAGGCCAAAUCGGCGAAGACAUCGCCAAAGAGACCGCGAAGGAUUGGAAGGGCCUCCGCGUCACCGUGAAGCUCACCGUCCAGAACCGCCAGGCCAAAGUCUCCGUCGUCCCCUCCGCCGCCGCGCUCGUCAUCAAGGCCCUGAAAGAGCCCGAGCGCGAUCGCAAGAAGACGAAGAACAUCAAGCACACUGGAAACAUCUCUCUCGAUGAUGUUAUCGAGAUCGCCAAGGUCAUGAAGCCGAGAUCGAUGGCUAAAGAUCUCAGUGGUACUGUGAAGGAGAUUUUGGGUACGUGUGUUUCUGUUGGGUGUACGGUUGAUGGGAAGAGCCCUAAGGAUCUGCAGCAGGAGAUCGAUGAUGGAGAUGUUGAGAUUCCCCUGGAUUGAUUUGGUUAGGUUUCUUUUUAGGGUUUGUUCCAAGAUUCUGUUUUUUUUUUUUUUUGGAAUUUGAAAUUGUGGGUUUGAGUUUUUAUGUCUCCGAUUUUUGAUGAUUUGAGCUUGAAUUUUUUCAUUUGAGGAGAUGUAAA